CUUUCUUUAUCUAAAAUACAUCUUAAUUUGGUUGUAGCUGAACAAUUUAUAUUACGGUACUCCAGGAUACCUUGGCGUGGAAGUUUAUGCAUUUAGAAAAGGAUCGAUUAUAGCGGAUUACAAACUUACUAUUGAGUCUUAUGAUAAAGUUGCUGAAGCCAAAACUCAUAUCACGAAAAAAGUUUUGGAUAAGAUUCCAGAUAAAAUAUUAGAAUUCAGUGUUAAUAAAACCUUUUUAGAAGACAAUAUCCAGCAAACAGUUAAACAGUUCGAAUCUGGUUGUGAGUACUUUUCUCAAGCAGUUUGUCCAACGGGAUACCGAUGCGAGAUGAAAAAUAAAAAACCCAUUUGCACUGAAAUUUGUUGGAAGGAAGAUGGUAGUAAUUUGUGUGGAAACCAUGGAACAUGCUACGUAGAUAUUAAAACAUACAAAGGAAAAUGCAGCUGUUCAAAUAGCAAUGGGUUCGUGUACCACGGGGUAUAUUGCGAGAGAAAAGCAGAAGAAUUGAAAUUAGACUCCGUAUAUAUCAUAGCUAUUGCAUCAGGAAGUGGUGGUGCCGUUUUCAUUAUUGCAGUUGUUGCUGUCGCAUGUCUAAUUCAUAUGAAAAGAAAAAUGAAGACAUUAUUUUUAACAAACACAGAUGUUAAUUCUGCAGAAAUGGAUGAUUUUGGUUGGGAAAGGUCAAGCGAUUUAAACGCAAAUCUUUAUCGAGCGAGAGUUAAAUCAGUAGCAAAUGAUAAUAAAACACGACUCCAAGAGCAGGAUGUGACAUAUUUCCAGGGUCGAGAACAUAGACUAUACAAAGACGAUAAGGGGGAUGAGGCUUAUAUUUACCAGCCAUCUAGUCAUAAAUCUUCAGCUGAAACUGAAUACAAUACUGGCCCAUCUGUGUAUGAUUACAUUGACACAGAUUCAAAGUUUCAGAUACAGAGACCAAAUAUCCGUAUUGGACAUCUUAAUAAAUAUUAGAAGAUUUAAAGAUGUGUAAAUUGAAG